AUGGUAAAAGAUAAUCAAGAUAGAGAAACUGCUUUUAGAGUCAGAAAUUUAAAAGAUCAAAUUAAAAGAAAUAAUGAAGAGUUUAUACAAAAUCAAAAGCAACAACAAGCAAAGACUGAACAUAAAAAUGCAAGUGGUGGUAAUACAAAUUCAUAUGAAAAAGUAGGUGGCAAUUCAUUUCAUUCAAAAGAUCAAAAUACAUAUAAACCACGUGAAAGUUUUUCAGAUUAUUUCAAGCAAAAGAAUAUAGAGUUUGAUUUAAAGAGUGGCGAAGCCAAUCCACCCAAAUUAAAUGUAUCAGAGUUUUAUAAAGGUUUUGUUAGAUUCAAUUCAUAUGCAUGGGGUAUUGCUGCAUCAUUUGGUUUGGUUUGUUUUAUUUCAUAUAAAUUGAUAGAUAAAGCUUCAAAAUUUGCAUCUUCAAAUAAAGAACAAGAACAAAAACAAUAAUUCAACAAAAAAAUUAAAAUAAAAAAAAUAAAAUAAAAUAAAUUCAACUUUCAAAAAAAAGUAAUAAUAAAUUAUAAUUGUAUAUAUGGACACAAUAAUGGCAAUAGUAUAUAAAUAGUUUUUUGUAAAUAACAACAUGGUAAUGAUAAUAGGACCCCUUUCUUAUAAAUAAAGUAUAUCUCAAUAAAAUUUAAUAUUAUUUUUCUUUAUGUUUUACCUUA